GCUACGCGAGAGGCGUAGCGAGUAAGUGUCUGUCACGUCGCUUUCAAGUACUCAUCUAACAAUUAUCGGGAAAAUUCGAGACCGGAACUUCGUUUCCCGCAGAACCGGAAUUCUUCCUUCCUUCAGUAUUGACGGUACCUCGACCGCCGUUGUGUAUUACAGCCAUCAUCAUAUCACCAGUCUAGAACUGGCGCCGAGUCCCGUCUGUGGAUCGUCGCUCUCCAUUCAAGCGAUAUAAAACCUAGCACUGACCACCUGUUCGUUGUUGUUAUUGCACCCAUAAAGAUCGUAGGGUUUCUCUGAGACCAUACAUGCCAGUCUCCUAUUCCUGGGGUAGAUAAAAACCGUCAAGAAUCGGCCCGAGAAGAUCGACAACUUUAUUGAGCUGGAUUCGAGUGCAACACCAUAACCACCGAUGAUGUGCGCGUUCAUGACACCAGUCCUCAAAAAUGACUGGGAGGUGUAUAAAACCGGUCGGUCAAGGAACAGUUCGGAGAGCUCGGCGGUGUCUGUGCCUUCCAACCAGCGCUCCCGAUCUGGCCAAGCCAGGAGACGGGGAAUAGGCGAGACAGGACGCAGCUUCUCCUACCACGCCCCUGCUCACGGCCGCAAUGACAUCGUGUACGUCGGUUCACCUCCAAGGGCCUACCACAUGUCCACCAAGAACUCCAGAUAUGCAUCGCGGACUUCCAUAGAUCCUAUUUCGGCUAAUACAAUGAGCCCACCCAAGAGUCCUAACGGGACCAAGAGUGCAGGACCCCCUAAGAGUCCUUCUGCAGUUUCCCUUUCAAAAUUCCACAACAAGGUGAUGGACAAAUUGAAAAACGUUCUUCACCUGAAGGACAACAGCGGAGAAGAACAGGAACAAGAAGACACCAGAGGCCAGUCAUGAGAAAGAAAGUGUACCAGCAAUGUCCUUCAGACAAGACGCAAGGACGUGGCGUGACCAGCACAGAAGAAUGUUUUUUUUUUAUUAGAAUAUGUGAAGUAUGAACGCCGAAAGUGUUGCACUUGCAAGCUAUAGGAGAAAAUGUUGGCAACGUCUUUGUUUUUCCAUAGAGUCAGAGGAGCGACAGAAAGCCGUCUGUUGUGAGGGUUGGAUCUGCAAAACGUAUCAGAAGUGACAAUUGAUUUCCCAGACUUCAAGGUUGAAUGUAUUUUGAAAGUAUUACGAAAUUGGUAACGAGUGCUGUUCACAAUGUGGUGAUAAACUGAUUCAGUUACUAUUGGGAAACAUUACGGUCCAGUGCAAAAAUUAAAGAACUGCUGAUGUCAGUGAAAUGUGGAAGUUAGUGUUUGUAUUGGAUGAGUAUUCAACAUAAUCUACCUACAGUAGUACUCUUAUUGGACAGAGUGAGGCAAGUCGCCGCAAACUUAAAAUGGAAAAUUAUUUCUUGGAAAUUUGGAAAAGACUAAGAUUUUUCAUGAGUUCAAAAGUUUAAGUUAAGCCCAAAGUUUUCUCGCCCCAAAAGUCUCCAAAUUAAAAGUUACUCUUCAAGAAUGUUGCAGAUCGAAAUUCUGAAGUGGAAGAAGAAAUUCUUCAUCCUGAAAUCAUGCCGAAGGAUCAGUGUUUUUUUUUUUUUUUCUGGUUUUGUACUUAAGGUGGAGUGAGGGCGUCGUCUAUCGAUCAACCAGUGUGGAAGAGGGCCAGCGAAAACUCAACUACCUCUUUCCAACAGUCUCCAUGAGAGACACUGACUGAUUGGUUGACACCGUAGCCUAAUCUGGGGUCAAGAAAGGUUCAUGACGUCCAAUCGUGAGACCAGUGACCGGAAGCACGUGCGAAAGUUUAAAGUUUUCAAGUUUAUCCUGAUGUUGGGGAUAAACAGCAAUUUGCAACUAAAAUCUUCAUUUCUGGAGAAAUGACUGAGGGAGUCAUUCAGACCCUGGAUUUUCAGAAGGGGAUAAGUUGUCACAAUACUUGGGAAGUCUGAAUCUGGGUUCUGUGUGUAGACCUACGGUAGAAGUAACAGAGCGCAAGUUUGGUUAUCAUUAUUUAAUCCAAAGGGUUGUUAUUUAGGUGGAAGUUUUCAAUUGCAAAUGUAAUCUAUUGCUUCAGGUCAUUAUUGCGAGGUGUGACUAUCUUUUGAUAUGGCAAACAGGCCUUAUGUACAUAGUGAAAACUAAGCAUUUCAGACCCUCCUAACCGCUGACGUAAAUGAUUGUACAGUUCCUUGAAGAGAAACUCCAGGUCUCCAUACAUACAGCUUUGGUAGGCUAUAGCGAGUCAUCCAGGGACUGUCUGGAUUCCUCAGAGCUACUCAUUUCUAUAAAAUGUCAAAAGCAAUGCUUUUGUGACCUCUGGUGCCAGGUUGUUAUUUGAAGAUUUGAGCUUCCGUUAAGAACGAAAUGGAGACUGAUGAACAACUGCCUAUAAUAACCCAGGUUUUGUUGUCUUUGCUCUUGUAAGAUAUUUAUAUUUAAAGUCUUCUUAAAGAAGAGAUUGCAAUAUAUAACUUCAUAUUUGUUACUGACAACUUGAUAGUAUAAUAUUCAGAUUUCUAGUUUUUACUUCUUUUUUUAUUUAUACAGAACAUACCGGAAUUUACAAUGAAAGAGAACAUUUUUUGAUACUAGAUAUUUUUAGUAGAGUAGGAACUAAAAAGUAUUCGUAGUUGAUGUAAAUAGUGAGGUGUUCAAAAUAUAUAAAUAUACGAAUAUACGAAUAUAUAUAUAUAUAUAUAUAUAUAUAUAUAUAUAUAUAUAUAUAUAUAUAUAUAUAUAUACAGUCGUCAGAGGUGAUGGUAACGAAGUCCUUUUUUCCUCAAGUGAGAAUUCGGAAUAGAUGAGAAUGAGGCCCUUGGAAUGGAUGUUUAUUAUCACGCGGUCGCAACUUACGCUUGUAAACAUGUGUACCUGUUAGCGAAACAAAUACCCUACGUAUUACUGUUAUUGUGAUUAUUACUACUGUCAUUAUCAUACUGCAGCUACAAUAGAUUUCGAGGAGGCUCUGUCAGUCGACUUACUGUCAAUAUCUGUCAGAAGAUUGCUCAUGGCAGUACCCACUGGUCGAAAUGACAGUCCUUCACGAAAGGUCAAUGUUAAAAGAUGAUUAUGCAGCAAAUUUAUUUAGGAAACUUAACAAUAGGCUUCGUCAUUCACACACAUAAACCUUUGGCAGCAGAGAACAUGAGCGAGCGAGACACUUCAUUUGUUUUGGAAGUGUCAUUCUUGUACUUACUCAUCUGAACACUUCACAGCCUAACUGAGUGAUGUCGAAGUAUCUCUCACGGCAGCUCCUUUGCGAAUAUGCCCCUUUGGAGUCGGAUAUUGAGAGAUGGUUGCGUUAAACUACGUGGAAUGGAAAAGCCCAAUCUUAAUGUUUACUUCAGUCAGCCAGAAUAAUUCCUUUUUUCGUUUUUGUAGCAGAUUUUCUAUGUACGCGAUGGCCUGGUGCUUUUAUAUAUAUAUAUAUAUAUAUAUAUAUAUAUAUAUAUAUAUAUAUAUAUAUAUAUAUAUAUAUAUAUAUAUAUAUAUGUAUAUAUAUAUAUAUAAUAUAUAUAUGUAUAUGUAUAUAUGUAUGUGUAUAUAUAUAUAUAUAUAUUAUAUAUAUAUAUAAUGUAUGUAUGUAUGUACCUGGCCAUCUAAAUAAUAGCAGAUAUUUCCAAAAAAGAAAAUAAUUCUUUUGUGCUGUGAUGUUCACUUUCAUCGAUUUACCAAAGUGAAAAAAUAAUGGGUUUUAAAGCAGAGGUAUGUACAAGGGUUGAUGAGUUGCAAAAAAGGAACCUCCAUAUAAACACACACGCAAGUGUACAUGAGCAAUGAAAUAAACUAGUACACACACACACACUUCCAUAACAACAUACAUUUACUUUUUGACAUUAUGUACAUGACAACAAACACGUAUGCUUCUGUCAUCGAGUAUUGUUUGCAUAGGAGAGAUUUCGUCGCUUGCUCAGUACAUGUCGGAGACCCUCAGGAGUGAGUGGACUCUUGCAGAAAUUAUUUUUGAUUUGUAGAUACCCCGUGAAGACACAAGGUAUUUUGGUAUCGUCUUUAUAAACCUUAUGAAAGUAAAUGUUACAAUAUAUUUUUAUUUAUUAUUUUUUUUUUUUGUAUUUGACAUUGUCAUGGGACAAUGGCACUUUCCAUUGUAGUAAUGGGACAGUGGUUUCGGAAGAUGAUGAUGGUGCUAAAAUGUGUUAUUUGUCCCAAUUUGUCUGGUCCUCUGAAGCACCAUCUGAUUGUACAAAGAAUGUAAAAUGGCUUAUGCAUCUCUUAGUAAUAACAUUUUCAUUUAUGUCUUUUUCUUUUUAAGAAUACAUGCCAUUUUUUUUCCUGUGUAUACUCUAUUCUGAAACCUUCAACAUUUUACAUAGAAUAGAUAAUUCCAUUAUUUUACAGCAUGGAAGUGAAUGAAAACAAAUUUUUUUCCCCUGAACCCAAUUAGGAAGGUUAUGUCGUGAGCAUCGCGUCUGGUGUACAUAAUAAUGUUCCGCCUUUUGCUGUUCGUGUGUCGGGGCACAAGUGUUUGUAAGCUUCAUUUGACCGUGCUGUGCUCAAGCGUUCUCUUAUGACACUUUUUUGUUUUUUGUUUUUUUGUAAAUGAUAUGCACUCCUUUGUUUGAUUAGCAUUAUUAUUUUUGUAAUAAAUGAUAUUCAGAAAUGAA